AUGCUGCGACUUAACGCCUCGUCCUUGCUAGGCUUGCGCUCCGCUUCCCAGUCGACGACGACAUCGAGGCUGUUUAUCCAGCAUCGCAUCCAAGAUGUUGGCUUAAAAACAGCAUCCAUCGCUCUCUUGCAGUCACAUUCUCUAUGGCAGCAAUCAUGUUCGACCCGGAUGAGCAACAGACUGUCUGUUGCGCCUUCUGUGCAUGCUAGACACUUUACUGUUUCCAAGUCGUGGAGGGGUCAGGAAGAGAAGAAUGGCUCAAAGCCCCCAUCAUCCCGCCUCGCCAAAACCACAGCAGCCCUCAAAGCCGCCCUGCCCUCGACCUCCGGCAGCACCCUAACCAAGCGCGAAAACAUCCACACCAUCCCCAACUGGCUGACCUUCUCGCGCCUCGUCGCCGCCCCCUUCAUCGGCUACUGCAUCCUGCACGACCACCACGCCUGGGCGCUCGGCCUGUUCGCCUACGCGGGCGUGACCGACCUGCUAGACGGCUGGAUCGCGCGCAAAUGGAACCAGGGCACCGUGGUGGGCACCGUGAUCGACCCCAUGGCCGACAAGACGCUCAUGACGAUCUUGACCGUGACCCUUUCCAUGAAAGGCCUGCUGCCCGUCUGGCUAGCCGUGAUUAUCUUGGGCAGGGACGUGGCGCUCGCCAUCUCGGCGCUGUAUUUCCGCUGGAUCUCGCUGCCGCCGCCCAAGACCAUGGCGCGGUAUUGGGAUUUUAGCUUGCCGAGUGCUGAGGUUAGGCCGACGGCGAUUAGCAAGUACACCGUUGCUGCUACAACGAUCUGGAGUGGUGCUAGCUAUGUGUAUAGCAAGGAUGCUGUCAAGAUUCUUACGCAACCUACUCCCAAGGCUGCUGAGAAGGAGGAGGGUAGCGCCGAGGAGGUGGUUGACGAGGCGGAGGCGGAAGCGAAGAAGGUGAAGGAUGAAACUACCAAGCAGCAAUAA